UGUAGCAUUGGGAUUGGGUGACGACAUUCCCUACAGCUAUUAAAAUGUAGUGUGUCUCUCCCGCCAACCCUUCAGCAAUGCUGAGGCUUUUUUUAUUUAUUGCAAUCUGCAACCUGUAAAUCCCAAAGGUCACCCUACUUCCUGGUAGACAGGCAGAGGGGUAGAGAAAUGUGGAGUUCACUGAAGUUGAUGAUUGACAUUCUCUUUAUACUGUGUUUGAGUUGGAUGAUGAAACUUCUGCUCUCUUUUCUAGGAGUGGGAAUCACGAUGGUCAUCAUCACCACCUUGGUGACGGUCUACUACAAUGUUAUCAUUGCCUAUGCCCUCUACUAUCUGUUUGCCUCCUUCCAAAGUGUACUGCCGUGGUCGGACUGCUUUGCGUGGGCAGAUGAAAAUUGCAGCAAAACACCUGUGGUGAGCGAUUGCAAUACGACCUUACCAAACGGGAUAAUCAUUCACACAAACUACUCGUAUGUCACCAGCAACAAUCUAACCUGUCUCAAUGGCAGCUUAGCGUAUAAACAAGUGCAGCUUCCCAGUGAGCAGUACUGGAAUAAAGUGGCCCUUCGGCGCUCCAGCGGGCUGGACGAGACGGGUGAAAUUGUCUGGUACUUGGCCCUCUGCCUGCUCCUAUCCUGGCUGAUAGUCGGAGCUGCAUUAUUUAAAGGGAUCAAAUCUUCAGGAAAGGUUGUUUAUUUCACAGCUCUCUUUCCAUAUGUUGUCCUCGUUAUCCUGCUUGUCCGAGGUGUCACCCUGGAAGGCGCUCGAGAUGGCAUUGAGUAUUACAUUGGAACGCAGUCCAAUUUCACAAAGCUGAUGGAGGCAGAGGUUUGGAAAGAUGCAGCUACUCAGAUAUUCUUCUCCCUGUCGGUGGCCUGGGGGGGCCUGGUUGCUCUCUCCUCUUACAAUAAAUUCCAUAACAACUGCUAUUCCGAUGCCAUUGCUGUCUGUUUAGUAAACUGCCUCACCAGUGUGUUUGCGGGAUUUGCGAUAUUCUCCGUUUUGGGACAUAUGGCUUUCCUGGCAGACAGACCCGUCUCUGAAGUUGUAGACUCAGGCUUUGAUUUGGCAUUUGUUGCCUAUCCAUCGGCUCUCUCCAAAUUACCAGUCGCCCCUCUUUGGUCCUUUUUAUUUUUCUUCAUGCUUUUACUGUUGGGGCUCGACUCUCAGUUUGCUUCCAUAGAAACAGUGACAACCACCAUACAAGAUAUAUACCCCAAGGUGAUGAAAAAGAUGAGGGUUCCUGUAACCCUGGGAUUAUGCAUGCUUCUGUUUUUUCUUGGUCUCAUCUGUGUCACUCAGGCAGGAAUUUACUGGGUUAACCUAGUGGAUCAUUUCUGUGCUGGAUGGGGGAUCCUUUUUGCAGCGGUCCUGGAAAUAAUAGGCAUUAGCUGGAUUUAUGGAGGAAACCGAUUUAUCCAAGACAUUGAAAUGAUGAUUGGAAAGAAGAGCUGGUGGUUCUGGCUGUGGUGGAGAGCAUGCUGGUUCUUCAUUACCCCUGUUCUCUUAUGUGUGAUUUUAUGCUGGUCUUUGGUCACAUUUUCACCUCCCAAGUAUGGCUCAGUCGAAUACCCUGGAUGGGGAUCGGCUGUGGGCUGGUGCAUGAUUGUCUUCUGCAUCGUCUGGAUUCCCAUUGUCGCGAUUGUAAAAAUAGCGAAAGCACCAGGAAAUCUGUGGCAGCGUAUUGUGAGCUGCUGCCGGCCGGCUGCUAACUGGGGUCCCUCUCUGGAAUGUCACCGAGGAGAAAGGUACAGCCACAUGGUAGAUCCCCACAAGGAAAGAGACCAGGAGAUCCCCACCGUGGAUGGCUUCGUGCACAAGCUGGAAUGAGACGCCUGCCCUGGCCUGCAUUAUUUUUAACACAAAUGUCUUUUCUUUUUGUUUAAUGUUGGAAAAUAGUGUGCCAAACUAUUGAAAGCUGUACUAUUGAUUGUUAGCUCUGCCUUACCGGGAGGAGCAGGUCAUGGAGUAGAGAGGAAAGCCCAAGCCCACAGGCUGGGAGGGCAGGAAAAUACACUCCAGCCAGGGGCGGCUCUAUGGUUUUUGCCGCCCCAAGCAUGGCAGUUAGGCAGACUUCGGCGGUAUGCCUGCCGGAGGUCCGCUGGUAAUGCGGAUUCGGCGGCAUGCCUGCGGGAGGUUCGCCGGUCCUGCGCCUUUGGCGUGCCCGCCGCCAAAUU